CGAAGACGGAACUGCAGAAGAAGGAGAAGAAGAGGAAAGCGGAAAGAAAAAACCCGGAAUAUAGAACAGUAGGUAGCUGUUCUCGUUGAUGCUGAUGAUGAUGGUGAACAACAACCACAGCACACAGCUCACCACCCCUUUAUACCUCCGCCCUCCCUCCCACACACCUAUCCUCGCCUCAAAAAAAAAAGAGACAUCCAACCCUCCUCAAACCACCCCCAAAAGACCACAAAACCCGCACACGCCCAAGCGUCGCAGCCGCACCGCCAAGCUUCCAUGCACCACGGCGCCUCGAGCUUGGCCGCAGAGCCCCACGAAGCUUGGCGCCAGGUGCGGCGCCAGGUGCGGCGGACCUCAAACCCUAAUGCGCGGGCGAGGGUUUGGUGCUGCUGCUGCUGAGACACGGCGUGUGUCAGUGCGGAGUGUGGUUGGUGGGUGGUUAGCUGGUGCUGCUCGCGAGCGCGCGAAGGAUACAAUGCGUAUGGUAUGGUGGGCUGAGACGGCGAGGAGGCUAUUGUAGCUGCUUUGCUUGAUGCCUGCGCGCGGGCGAGCCGGCGUGGCUGGUCUGGUCUGGUUGUUG